GGCAGGUUGAGUUUACUUUUACACUUUGGUAAACACAGACACCUUUUAACAACUUUAUUUUUCUUCAAAGUGUCUUUUUUUAUUGUAUUGUAUCAUCAAUUUGAGUAGCUUAGGGGUUUAUUGGGAUGUCUGGAUCAGGAGGAACUCCAGGACACUAAAGCAGCCAUAUGUGAUCAUGGACAUUUUGUGUUGAGAAGUAGAGCUUGUGUGUUUUUUGUUUUCAUCUUUCGUGAUGGGUCAGCGGCUCAGCGAUGAUUCGGACGAAAAAGAGAUUGAUGUUGCUGAACUACAGGAGUGGUAUAAGAAGUUUGUGAUUGAAUGUCCGAGUGGAACCCUCUUCAUGCACGAGUUCAAGAGCUUUUUCGGUGUUACUGAAAACCCGGAAGCAGCGGAUUACAUAGAAAACAUGUUCCGGGCUUUUGAUAAAAAUGGGGACAAUACUAUUGAUUUUCUGGAAUACGUGGCGGCCUUGAAUCUAGUGCUGCGAGGGAAGUUGGAGCACAAACUGAAAUGGACAUUUAAAAUGUAUGACAAGGAUGGAAGCGGUUGCAUCGACAAAACAGAGCUCAAGGAGAUUGUGGAGUCAAUCUACAGACUAAAAAAAGCCUGCCAUGGUGAACUCGAUGCAGAAUGUAACCUGCUUACCCCAGAUCAGGUGGUGGACAGGAUAUUUGAGCUGGUGGAUGAGAACGGAGAUGGAGAGCUUUCUCUGGAUGAGUUCAUUGACGGGGCUCGGCGUGACAAGUGGGUCAUGAAGAUGCUGCAAAUGGACGUGAACCCCGGGGACUGGAUCAAUGAACAGAGACGCCGCAGCGCCAACUUCUGAACUCCACAUUCACCAAAAUAACCCUUAACAUAAGCCUGCCCUUUAACCAGUCUCAGUCCUGGGUUGUCAAAGUCAAUCUUGAGUCAUCAGUAUAAACUGUAUAUACUUCUAUCAACUACUUUAUACAUUAUCUCCUAGUCCUUUUCUGACCAACAGAAUUUAAUCACUUUUACAUGUGUAUAUUCAUUUUUUCUUCAUUGUUUCUUGUUUUAUUGACUUUUUGUUAUUAGGACUAUUAUUAUUCAGCAUAUAAGUGCAUCUGACCUUUACUGUAUAUGGCAUAUUACUCAAUUCAUACAAAACAGCCAGUUUCAAAUGGGCAUAUCUUUGUAAAUAUAUGAAUAUUGUAAAGAGCUAAGUUUUUUGAAGGUCCUAAUUGUAAAGGCACAGAAUCUGUAAAUGUCUCAAAAAUAAAACUCACC